CGGGGGCCCCGGCCGCUCACUCGCGCGCCCAGCCACCCCGCCAUGGAGCGGCCGCAGCGCGCCCUGCUGCUCGGCGCGGCCGGCCUGCUGCUCCUGCUCCUGCCCCUCUCCUCUUCCUCCUCUUCGGAUGCCUGCGGCCCGUGCGUGCCGGCCUCCUGCCCCGCGCUGCCCCCGCUGGGCUGCCCGCUGGGUGAGACCCGGGACGCGUGCGGCUGCUGCCCGGUGUGCGCUCGCGGCGAGGGGGAGCCGUGCGGGGGCGGCGCGGCCGGCAGGGGGCACUGCGCGCCGGGCAUGGAGUGCGUGAAGAGCCGCAAGAGGCGGAAGGGUAAAGCCGGGGCAGCAGCCGGCGGGCCCGCGACCCUCGCCGUGUGCGUGUGCAAGAGCCGCUACCCGGUGUGCGGCAGCGACGGCACCACCUACCCCAGCGGCUGCCAGCUGCGCGCCGCCAGCCUGCGCGCCGAGAGCCGCGGGGAGAAGGCCAUCACCCAGGUCAGCAAGGGCACCUGCGAGCAAGGUCCUUCCAUAGUGACACCCCCCAAGGACAUCUGGAAUGUCACAGGCGCCAAGGUGUACCUGAGCUGCGAAGUCAUCGGAAUCCCAACCCCUGUCCUCAUCUGGAACAAGGUAAAAAGGGAUCGCUCUGGAGUUCAGAGGACAGAACUCUUGCCUGGUGACCGGGAAAACCUGGCCAUUCAGACCCGAGGUGGUCCAGAAAAGCAUGAAGUAACUGGCUGGGUGCUGGUAUCUCCUCUAAGUAAGGAAGAUGCUGGAGAGUAUGAGUGCCAUGCAUCCAAUUCCCAAGGAGAGGCUUCAGCAUCAGCCAAAAUCACCGUGGUUGAUGCCUUACAUGAAAUACCAGUGAAGAAAGGUGGAGGUGCUCAGCUAUAAACGUGCAAAAUACACUAGCCUCUCCAGCUAAAGGUGCUCACAGACAACUGACAACUAUAACCCCUACUCUUGCCUGACAAGUUUCUUUUAACCUAAUCCACUAACACUUUAUUACAGCCAGCUGGUUUUACACAGAGAAAUCAAAAAUAACACAUCAAGACUAUCUACAAAAAUUUAUUUACAGAAAAAGCAUGCAUAGCUUUAAACAAAACAAAUAAAAUUCUUAUCACAACAGUAAA